CCCACGGCCGCGCGCAGGUCUCGUGAGGGACGGCGUCCGCCGUACAGCCCCGACCAACCGUCCGCCGGACUGACAAAGAGUAACGGACAAACUGCCGCCGGCCCGUCACCGCCGGAAGUAGGAGCUGCGCUUCCGGCUCUGUUCUUAAGACGUUUCAGCCAUGACUAAGAGAGAAGCAGAGGAGUUGAUAGAAAUAGAAAUUGAUGGAAAUGAGAAACAGGAAUGUACUGAAGAAAGCAUUGUUGAGCAAACCUACACCACAGCAGAAUUUGUGAAUCAAGCUAUUGACAUCAAUGAACCAAUUGGAAAUCUUAAGAAAUUACUGGAACCCAGACUGCUGUGUUCCUUGGAUGCACAUGAAAUUUGUCUGCAAGAUAUCCAGCUGGACCCAGAUCGAAGCCUUUUUGAUCAAGGAGUGAAAACAGAUGGAACAGUGCAACUCAGUGUACAAGUAGUAUCUAGGCAAGGGACAGACCCCAAGUUAAAUAUCCUUGAAAUCGUGAAGCCUGUGGAAACUGUGGAGGUAGUAAUUGAUCCAGAUGCUCAUCACGCAGAGGCUGAAGCUCACCUUGUUGAGGAAGCUCAAGUGAUAACCUUAGAUGGAACAAAACACAUUACAACCAUUUCAGAUGAGACCUCUGAGCAGGUGACACGAUGGGCUGCAGCGUUGGAAGACUACAGAAAGGAGCAGGAGCGCCUAGGCAUACCCUAUGACCCUGUGCAGUGGUCAACAGACCAAGUGCUCCACUGGGUAGUAUGGGUGAUGAAGGAGUUCAGCAUGUCAGACAUCGACCUUAAUGCACUCAGCAUUCCCGGGCGGGAACUCUGCAGCCUCACUCAAGAAGACUUCUUCCAGCGAGUCCCACGUGGGGAGAUUCUGUGGAGUCACUUGGAACUUCUUCGAAAGUAUGUGUUGGCUAGCCAAGAACACUCUGGAGAAAUAGCAACUGUUACUAUUGAUCAGCCUGUGCACAUUAUUCCAGCAUCCGUACAGCCUGCUACUCCAACCACCAUUAAAGUAAUAAACAGCAGCGCAAAGGCAGCUAAAGUACAGAGGGCUCCAAGGAUCUCAGGGGAAGACAGAAGUUCCCCUGGGAACAGAACAGGAAACAAUGGCCAGAUCCAAUUAUGGCAGUUUUUACUAGAACUUCUCACUGACAAAGAUGCUCGGGACUGUAUUUCUUGGGUUGGUGAUGAAGGAGAGUUUAAAUUGAAUCAACCUGAACUGGUUGCACAAAAAUGGGGGCAGCGCAAAAACAAACCCACAAUGAACUAUGAAAAGCUUAGUCGGGCCUUGAGAUACUAUUAUGAUGGAGACAUGAUAUGCAAAGUGCAAGGCAAGAGGUUUGUCUACAAAUUUGUGUGUGACUUGAAAACUCUCAUUGGAUACAGCGCAGCAGAGCUGAAUCGGUUGGUCAGAGAAUGUGAACAAAAGAAACUAGCAAAGAUGCAGCUUCAUGGCAUUGCACAGCCAGUUACAGCAGUAGCAUUAGCUACUGCAUCCCUGCAAACAGAGAAAGAUAAUUAAGCACUAGGACCUGAAACGGGAACCCAUGGCCUUUCCUAUAUAGCCAGAGAAGUUGCUUUACUUUUAUCUGAAAUGGAAGCUUCUUCUUUUUCUUCACAAUACAAUACCAUGCAUGAUUUUCUACAAAGAACUGGGACUUGUGUAAAUUUGGAUCUUUUAGCAGCAUAUGUUUCAGUGUAAGUUAAGAGAUCACCACAACUUCUGCAACUUUCAGUCAGGGCCUUUAUGAUAUACAAUCUGAAAUUGGUGGAAAAAGUUGAACUGGUCAGCAUUCUGCGUUCGCAGCUCUACAAAAUUAUUUUUGCAGUGCUUUUUAACAAAAAUGAAGUAAACACAGGCUGGGCAGUUGUCUGGAUUUGAUUCCUUCCAGCUUUUUGUUCUCUGCUGAGCUACCAAAUUGAAUUUGAUGCUUUUAAACUUAAAUGAACCUUAAAUGUUCAUUACUCUUACCUAAUCAAGCAGAGCUGAAAGGCACACCAAACAUGACAAAGCAUCGGGUUCCUCAAAUAACUUCUGUGUUUAUAAGGAAAGGAAACUAAGACAAGGCAGAACUGAAGAUCUGUGCUGAAGAAAGAGAUCCAGGUUUAGAUCUGGCUUAGGUGAAAAGCCAAUUAUGAGUAUUUCACUGUAAUAUGUAGAUAAUCUGCAUUUAUGAGGGCAAGUACCAACCUGUUAAAAGACCUUGUUGAUGCUAGCCAUGUAAUAUGAAACAAAACUUCUUUCCCCACCAUCCUCCCAUCAGGUGAUUUGAGAACUUAAAAAAUAUCCCUCACCCAAGGAGUAGUCUGUAGGUAGGUUUUGUUUGUUUGCUUGUUUUUAUGCUCUGUUCUGUCAGGUGCUUUAUACCUGCAUGAUAGUCAACCCUAGUGACUGAAGACUAAGUUAAUCACAGUCAUUAGUCCCUUGCUCAUUAGAAACAAAAUGCAAGUUGAAAGUAGUUUUAAAGAGAACUGAAAUUUAAUUUCCAAAUUAUUGUACAGAAUGACAUGUAUAAAAGUGCAAAGAUGUGCAAUUUUUAUUUAAAAUUAAUUUCUUUCUGAACUUCAAAUGAUGUUUCUGAAGUUUCAUAAUCCAAAUGCGUGCUCCAGAACUGGGUACAAUUUGAAGUAUGGAUGAUGAAUAGAAAUGCUUGGAAUAUAUUUUGAAUUUUGAGACACUGGUAUAGAGAGAACUUCAUACGAAAGUGCAGUAAAAAGCAGGCUGCAAUGUUUGAGCUUCUACUUUUAUGACUAUUUCUUUUGAUGUUUGAAAAUAGUGUGGUUUUAGUACACACCUUUUUUGUUAUUAAACAUUGUAAUUGUUAUAAGGCAUAUUUCCAAACUUUUUAUAACUGAGUACCCUGCUCCCACUAACAUUUCACAUUCAAUUAAAAUGCAAAUGGUUAAGGGAAAACCUUUUAAUUCAGCUACCCUUAAACCUUAAAUAAAAAGUGCUUGUACAGAGACUUUCUAAACAUAAAAUGUAUUUACAUGGUGAACUGGAGUACUAGGUGGUUGUUCUUAGGCUGAAAAGGAAUGGUCUUACUGGUAGUCUUACUGGUAGUCAGAGGGCAGAAAACAGAGCAUUCAUCUUUAUUUUAAAGAUGGGUUGAGGACAAAGCUGUUUGUUUUAUAGGUGCGUGUUCAUUUGCAGAUAGCUUUUGAUUAAUUAAAAAACUUGCAUGCAUUUCUAGUUUACCUUUUUAUUACUUCCAUAACUAUAACACUUUCUUGACAGAUUCUUUCAUCAACUCUUAAUAUUAUGUUCAUUCUUGGGUGCUUAGGAAGUAUUCCAUCAACUAAGCAUGUUGACUUUUUCUUUUUUUU